AUGCCCAACCUCAAAGUCCUCAUCAUCGGCGCCUCAAUCGCUGGCCCCACGGCCGCCUACUGGCUUUCCAAAGCCGGCGCAGACAUAACCGUCAUCGAACGCUUCCCUUCCCUGCGCACCAACGGCCAGAACGUCGACAUCCGCACCUCCAGCGUAACUAUCAUGUGCAAGAUGCCUGGGAUGGAGACCAAGACAUCACAGAUGGAAGUAAUAAACUUUUGUCCUUGCAGACGGCAGUAUAUAUGCGAGUAUAAAACCAACUGGAAACCCCGAGCAACAGUCUUCGUGUCAGAAUAUCAGAUCUUACGGGGUGACCUGUCGCAAAUCCUGUUUGACCUGACGAAGGACAAUAAGAGUAUCAAAUACGUCUUUGGUGCGCAAGUGGCGUCGAUGCGACAGCAGAUAGAUGGAAAGGUCAACGGUCCAAUCACAGUUGAAUUUGCGAAUGGCUUGGCUACAACGGAAUAUGACCUUGUCAUCGCCUGCGACGGGGCUACCUCGCGGACUCGCGCUAUGGGUCUUGGCUGCGGCUCUGGGGAUUAUGUCUACCCUUGGUAUCCUUCUGCGAUGCGAUGA